GCUACAAACACCUCUAAUGGUAAACAAGUGGCAAUCAAGAAACUCUCAAGACCUUUUAAAACCACAAUGCAUGCAAAGAGAUCCUUCAGGGAACUGAAACUUCUUCGUCAUAUGAAUCAUGAAAAUGUUAUUGGUUUGCUUGAUGUCUUUACUCCAAAUAUUUCAUUUGAAAGUUUUCAAGAUGUAUAUAUGGUAACUGCUCUGAUGGGAUUUGAUCUGGACAGCUUUCUUAAGCGUCAGAAACUCACUGAUGAACAUGUUCAGUUUUUUGUUUAUCAGAUACUGAGAGGGCUUAAGUACAUCCAUUCAGCUGGAGUUAUUCACAGGGAUCUGAAACCCAGUAAUAUAGCUGUUAAUGAGGAUUGUGAACUCAAGAUUCUUGACUUUGGUUUGGCCAGAAAAGUGGCAGAGGAAAUGACAGGUUAUGUAACAACAAGGUGGUACAGAGCACCAGAAAUCAUGCUCAACUGGAUGCAUUAUGAUCAAACAGUGGAUAUUUGGUCUGUCGGUUGCAUCAUGGCUGAGCUUCUGACAGGUGAAACACUGUUUCCUGGGAAUGAUCAUAUUGAUCAGUUGACACGAAUUAUGAAACUUGUUGGGAAACCUGGUAAAGAUUUCCUGGCAAAAAUCAGCAGUGAUUCAGCAAGAAGUUACAUAGCAUCAAUGCCAGAAUAUGAAAAGAGACCAUUUAGAGAGUUUUUUCUUUAUGCUGACCCACAAGCUUUAGAUCUAUUGGAACGGAUGCUAAACCUCGAUCCAGAGGUAAGAAUCACAGCAGAACAAGCCCUCGAACAUCCUUACGUGGCUACUUAUGCAGAUGUAGAGGACGAGCCAAAAUGUGAGCCAUUUGAUGGAGUACCGUUUGAAGCCAAGGACUGGCCAACCGAUAAAUGGAGAGAACUGAUGUACAAAGAAAUCCUUGACUAUCAGUCAAAGAAAGAAGAGGAGAGUGUGCAAACUGGAUAAAGAACAAUUUGGGAAAAGGAAAACAAUCGUUUUCAAAUUAUCCAUAGAGGACGUGAAUAUGAACAAACUUUUACCAAGAAUAUAGGGAGAGUAGGAAGCCUCUGGAAGUUUGGGUGUUCUCUUAAAGCAAUUUUCAGUUGAGUGUCGGAAGUAAUUUGGGGUUGCUUUGGUUUUACUUUGCUUUGCUGUGUGAUGGGUCCAGAAAACUCGCGUCCCAUCCUCUCAACCAAUCAGAUGCAAAACUAAAUACAACCGCGAGUUGGGCAUUCGUUUUUACCCGCGCUUAAAGCAGGUAGCUUGUUUUUGCUUUGAUUUCUCAUUGGCUAAUGAUUUUGGACAUUCAAUCGAAAAAUGCUCCAGUAGUAUCUUUUUUCGGGUGUGUCCUUUGACUGGAAAGUUGUUUUAGUGGUUGUAAAAAUUUGUUCGCAGUUUAAACACUGUCAAGAAAUGAAAUAUCCCUCGUAUUUUAACCUUCUACUCGUUCAGAAGCCGAAAAAUCUUUCUACGUCUAUUUAUAAAUCAAAACUAUAAUGCAACACGAAAUUUGACAAGUAUUUUCUUAGAAGCGUGUCCAAAUCAAACCAUUGACUAUCACAUUUUCUCUGAAUAUACUUUUUUCUUAUGUGAUUUUGAUUGGUUCGUUUUGAAAUUGGUGUUCAAAUGUUUGGUGCUGAGACGAAUCCCUUGAUUAAAUUUCGGUUUCUGGAGUUGAAUUGUCAGUUCUGCGAUGAAACUCUAUUUCAAGGGCUCGGUAAUUUAUGAUAUAACGGUGACAUCACGUAACCAGCACCAAGAUGAGAUAAAACUUUAAAUUCUUUUGAAUGAAUAGGAGAAUUUGUUUAAUGAUGUAUUUUUUCACCUCUCUCCUGUCAACGUAUGGCUUACACAGGGAUAAAAUUGGUGUGUGAUGAUUAAUACACGUGUAAUUAGAAUUGUCAACAUAUAUCAGUUUUAGCACGUGACAUGAACUUUUGUGAAAAUCUAGCAUUCAU